AUGCCAUCACUUACCACCUGGAUCGGCUUCACGGUCCUAAACCUUGCGAUUCUCUGGCAAUUCCUUCUCAAAAAUAUCGUCUUCAAUUCAUUUGGCUACGGACGCGUGCUACAGCCUCUCUCAGACUUCCCGUACACAUGUCGUCGGGUAACGGACCACAACAUCGCUGCAUGUGAGGACGCAUGGAUUGACGACAAGUCUCGCCAGCUAUUUCUCGCUUGCUCAAACGCGUUGGGUCGAAAAGCAUGGAACCCAACCAUGGCGAGCUAUGCUGCUGAUCGCCGCCCACAACACGAUCAGGUGGUCGUGAUGUCGCUGGACACGCCACAUCCUCAGGAUCCUCAGUCUUUUGACUAUCGCAUUCUGGACUUUGGCGACUAUACGAACGCCAUAGGCGAGAAGCAGCUAAAUCUUCUAGGCAUGACUGGUCGAACCCUGAAAGAUGGUACCAUAAAUCUGUACUUCGUCAGUCAAGCACCAACUUUUGACUUGACCACGCAAGUGCCCACAGAUCAGGCGGUUACAGGUCACAAUGCUACAAUCGAAGCUUUUAGCAUGAGCCCGGACUCGUCGACCCUCAAGCACCUCUACACAUUCUAUAACCCUACGAAUAUCACCACGCCUAAUAACGUCGCUGUUCGACCAGACGACAGCAUUGUCAUCACGAACGACCAUGGACCUUACCGAUCUGGACUUGGUCACACUCUGUCGACCGUCCUGGGCACCGGGAGUAUCGCUCACUGCAUCCCACCUCCGGACAAGAACUCUAUUGCCCCAUGUAGCUUGAUAGCCAAAUCUGAACGACAUCAUUUCCCCAACGGAUUGCACGUCUCGCCCAAAGACACUCUUCUAUAUGUUCCCAGCUCCUUGACUGGAGAGGUCUCGGUUUACAGCUCCCCAUUCAGAUACGAAAACAUUCCCCAAAAUGGCUUCAGACCCUUCAAGGACGCCGAUCACCUUCACAACACGACUCAAGAGCAUCCUAUCCAUAAGGUUGGCUCGAUACCUCUGAACAUGCCUCUCGACAACAUCUCUGAGGAUAGCGAUGGCGUGAUGCUGGUAGCAGGAUUCCCGAAACUGCCGCAAGUGGAAGAGCAUCUCAAGGAGUCGACACCAAUCGAUGGGCGCAGUAUUGCCGCAACGAUUCUUGAGAUCAGGCGAGUAGGAGAGCCAGGAAAGGGCUUUGGGAUGCCGAAGAGGGAAUGGACCGUGAAGAAGAUUUUGGAGGAUCCGAAAGGAGAGAUCCUACCGAUGACGACAACUGCGGUCAGGGAUGCAAAGACGGGCAGGCUCUUCAUCAUGGGCGUUGUCAGUCCUUGGAUCGCGGUCUGUGAUCCGAAGUAG